AUGUAUCCGGAUGUGAUUGCUACAGCUGCAGUUACGACGCCGACUCCAAAUAUUAUCAUUUUCCGUGCUUGUUCGCCGGUCAUUUCGGAUUUUGUCAUGCUCAUUGAAGUGACUGCUACUGUUGCUACUACUGCUGCUGACGUUUUUACUGUUGGAGCUUUCAACCAACCAAAAUUCGACGUUGACACCCAAUUUUAUUAUACCUCAUGCAAGUAUUGCAUUACCAGCCAAAAUUUUCUGCAAGUUUCCCGAGAUUCCAUAGAACAAGUUCUAAUGAUGUUGUCAUUCAUAUCAAUGAUAUUACCAUCCAGUACAGUAUUAGGCACGGAUACUGAAGGAUGGAUGCCAAAUAUAUAUCCGAAUCCACGUUUGAAUUUCACACAAUGCCACACAUGGCUUGAAUGUGCACGUUGUAAUCCGGAUCGCAUCCUUAUUGAUCAAUAG